CGGCCGCUGCCCAGCAAGGCGCCCUCCUUCAGCCCGUGCCCGCACCUCUACUUCCGCAGGCCCGUGGCCCCGCGAGACGGCCUCAGCAGGGACGAGUACAUCGACAUCUUGGCGCAGCCUAGACAGGAACCAUGGCGACAGGAGCCAGACAUGACACUUGUCAAAUUCAAGCGGCGACCUUUUACACCAAGGAUGCAGGAACUUUCACUGCCACGGAGACCGUACGUGGAGGCGCAAUGCGAAGAGUUGGCGGCAGUUCUCAGCCCGCAGAGGCUCCGGCUGCUGUGGAAGAUGCUCGGAAGGCACUUAUCAAUGUCGAGAUCGCGGGCGAUGACAGCGGUGUCCCGUGCAAGGCUCCGAGAGCAACUCGAGAUGCGGGAACAGUGCCGGUGCCGUAUAGAUGGCAGCCGCCGAAGAGGCAAGGGUAAGGGCAAGGGAAAGGGCAAGCGCAAGCGCAAAGGGAAGGGCAGGGACAGAAGGAAACAAAAGGGCAAGGGGCGGCCUAAAGUGGUCACCAGCAAGAAACCGCCAAGUGGAGCCAGGGCAGCGGGUGCGAGAGCCAACGAGAAGUGGAGCAGGGAGUUUGCGGCCAAGUUUGCAGCGCACAUCUCACGUUUCCUGAGCUCGCAGGUGGGGGCAGGCCGGCCGCAGACACAGCGCGAACGCCAACUGGCGAAGGCCAUCCUGCAGCGGCUGGCAGCUGCCGCAGGCAAACCACCCAAGAAGCCCGAUGAGCGUCAGCGCGUCGCCAAGCUGCUCGUUGCGCUCUCUGAGCGCCUUGCUGUCUGGGUCGACCUCGUCGUCAAAGACGCGCAGAGCAUCUCAGGCUCCUCCUCUGAGUCCAGUGAGGAAGAAUCUGAGGAGGAGAAACCCAUCAAGAAAGGCAAGAAGCUAGGGAAAAAAGAACCAGCGAAGGGAAAGGCCAAGCCAGCGGAGAAACCGAAAGAGAAAGGUAAGGCUAAACCAAAAGGGAAGCCAGAGCAGAAAGAGGAGGACGAAGAAGAAGAAGAAUCUGAUGAGGGGGUAUCCAAGAAGAAAGGUAAGGCAAAAGGGAAAGCAAAAGAGAAGGGGAAGGCCAAGCCAAAAGAGAAAGCCAAGCAGAAAGAGGAGGAAGAAGAACCUGAAGAGGAGGUAGCAACGAAGAAAGGCAAGAAAGGAAAGGAAGCAAAGCCUACAGCGAAGAAAAAGAAAGAUAAGAAAGAAGAGGAACUGGAAGAAGAAUCAGAGGAGGAAGUGGAAGUAAAAGAGAAGAAAGGGAAGAAGAAGAAAGGUGCUGGAGACGAAGAAGAGGAAGCAGAAGGUAAAAAAGCAAAGAAGAAAAAGAAAGUUGCAGAGGAAGAGGAAGAAGAAGAGGAAGAUAAGAAAGGUAAAAAGAAGAAGAAAGGUGUAGAAGAUGAGGGAGAAGAAGUCGAGGAUAAGAAAGAGGAGAAGAAGAAGAAGAAGAAGAAAGGUGCAGAAGAAGAGACAGAAGAAGUGGAAGAAAAGAAAGGAAAAAAAGAGAAGAAAGCUGAAGAAGAAGUAGAAGAAGAAGAGAAAGAUAAGAAAGGGAAAAAGAAGAAAAAAGGUGCAGAAGAAGAGGCAGAAGAACAGGAAGAUAAGAAAGCACGAAAGAAGAAGAAAGGUACAGAUGAAGACAUAGUAGAAGUGGAAGAUAAGAAAGGGAAAAGUAAGCAGAAAGUUAUAGAAAAAGAUGAAGGAGGAACAGAAGCUAAGAAAGGAAAGAAGAAAGAUAAAGGUGCAGAGGAAGUGGAAGCAGAAGAUAAGAAAGGAAAACAGGCAAAGAAAACCAAAAGUGAAGAACCAGUGGAUGAUGAAGGCCAACAGCAGGAAACUGCAGAAGAACCAGAAGAAGAGCCACCAGACGACCAGCCAGAUGAAACUUCAGACGAACCGGCAGAUGAACCGCCAGAUGGCCCCCAAGAGGGGGCCACUGGACCCCCAAAUGAGCCCCCAGAAGGCCCUCCGGACGAAUCGUCAGAGGGAGAAGAGGGAGAAGGUGGAGAAGAAGGCGAGCCUGGAGAGGAAGGCGAAGAGGAAGAAGGUGAAGAAGGAGAAGAAGAAGAAGAAGAAGAGGGAGAAAUUAUAGAGGGAGAAGGAAAGAGAGAGGGUUCUGAAACUACGUACGUGGUGACAGCGGAAGGAGACGGAUUCAGAGUGGAACCAAUCGAGGAGCCACCUCCUCCAGAACCUGUAGUCGAGAAGCGGGUGUCGGUGCUCAGUGCUCUAGUCUCGCUGUAUCCCCAACAGGCAAUGCCCAAGGUCUCAUUAUGCAAAGUACUACAAAAGCUCACAUUACGUGCUCCAACUACUGACGUUUUGUCUGCUGACGGGGACGGGGAGGACGAGUCGGAAGAUCGUAGAAAGGUGGAGGCGGCAGUAGCACGUAAGCUGCGCCGGAUGGCCGAAUUAGAGGACGGCAUUCCACUGCAGCAGGAGACGCGGGACGCCAUCGUCGCUCUGUCCAAAGCUGUGGCAGCCGACCUGCAGCCAGAACUGGACAUCCCGCAGCCUGAACCACCACCUGUGCUAGAUGCCACUGAAUACACCCAGUGGCUGGACGGCUGUGUCUCACUGGCGCAGGAAUGGGCCCGCUGGAUCGGCGAUUCGGUAGACACCGUGUGCGACAUCUCCAAACGCAAUGCCGAAGUCCAAGAGGGCGAGGCGGCCGACCUGGAGCGCGCCGAGUGGUGCGCCUUCAUGGAGACGAUGCGUCGCGGAGCCUACAGCUGGUGCAAGACUGAGGAGGACAUAGCAGCAGCAGCUGCCGUCUGGAAGGGCCGGCUGGAGGCUGUCCAGCAGCAGGAGGAGGAGUCUGGCUCCGAGGAGGAGAGCGAUGAGGACGAGAGUGGGAGCAGCGAAGAGGACGAGGACGAGGAGGAUGACGAGGAUGACGAAGAGGAUGAGGAGGAGGAGGAGGACUAA